AAACCUAAAUUUAAUCAAAAUGUUUGCUGACACAACAUACAUUUGAUAUCCACUUCUUGUCUCAGCACCUAGCUCAUCUAACUCAUCAUCUGUCAGUUCCCACUUUGGGCUGUGUUGUGUUGUGCUCUGUCGUGUUCUGUGUAUGUUGUAUUAAAAAAGAACCAAAAUUUCAAUCUGUUUUGACUCGUGUUAGCUGGGGAUUGGUCAAGAAAACUUUUCUCAAAAAAAUCAAAACAAGGUGAAAAAAAGUAAAGAACACUGUUUCUAUCUGAAAACCCAAGCUUUGUUGUAAAGAUCCAAGCUUUUCUGUUUUUUUGGUAUGGCGUUAGUGCCAUAUUCAGGGGACCCCCCCCAUGGGAAAUCGAGUUCUGCAAAUCUUCCUUGGCAGGACAUGUUUAGAACAGCCUCAUUUCGCAAGCCUUCAGCAGACCCUCCGUUCGACGCUACUCCACCUGAACCCGACGCUCCGCCACCUGAACCACACGCGCCGCCUGCACCACAUCCGCAGAAGGGAAACUCCACUGACCCAGAUCAUAAAAACAGAUUAUCUGGUGAUCCUCAGGUGAGACUCGGUCUAUACAUAGCCAUGGCUCAUGCUGGUCUUGCUUUCACUAUUUUUAUGCUAUACUUUAUAUGCAAGCUAUUGCAAGAGUAUCUUAGGCCAAUUCAGUGGGCCAUAUUGUGUUCGAUUCCACUGAGAGGUAUUCAACAAGCCCUUGUUGCAUUUUGGAGUGAGCCAUUGAAACUUGGCCUUACUGAGACUGUGCUUGCUAUUCCUCUUACUAUGUUUAAGGUAUUCAUUGGUACCCUUGUGGAUAUUAAGGAUGUCUGCUUAAGGGUUUUUCAUAAAGCAUCAAAAAGUAAUCGAUCUAGGCAUAAUCAAAGUGGAUUUUCGAAUUUACUUAGGUGGCUAGUGUCUUUUGGAGUGUUUGUGAUUGCUUAUGAGUGGAUUGGUGGUUUUGGAUCAUUGGUGAUACUUGGUUUAGGGUUUGUGUUUAGUACUAGAAAUGUUGAUUCAACAAUGUCUGUUGUUUCAUCAUUUAGGCUUAAAAGUUUUAGGCGAAGUCCAAUUAGCGCAUUUUUCACGCAAGGCAUAUUGAAGAGGUUGGAAACCAUUGCAGCAAUUGGGUUGAUUGUUGGUAUGAUUGUAGUGUUCUUGUGUGGGAUGAUAUUUUUCUCUUAUAAGAUUGGUGUUGAAGGAAAAGAUGCUGUGAUUUCAAUCAAAUCACAUGUUGAGGAGAGUAAUUAUGCCGAGAGAAUGGGUAUUAAACAGUGGAUGAAGGAGAAUGACGUGCCUGGAAUUGUGGAUAGAUACACUACAGCAGUUUAUGAGACCGUCUCUGAGCAGGUAGAUAACUUGGCAAUGCAGUACAACUUGACUGAAUUUGUUACGGGGAUCAAGCAUUUUAUAAUAGCACCGUCUGGUAAUUCUUCAGGGCAAUCAACAGCUUUGAUGAGCCCCUCGCCAUAUACUGAGAAACUUGAGAGUUUAAGAAAGAGGGUUACCAAUCGAGAAUGGAGACAAAUUUAUAAAGAACUUACUGCUAUUAUUCGAGAAUUGACAAUCUCCAGAGUGGAUCUAGUUGAGAAGGCAAAAGUUUUUGCAGCUCAAGGAGUGAAUGUGUCACAACGUUUAUUUGCUAGUAGUGCAUCAGUGUUAGGUGGCAGUGCGAGGCUUAUGCUCUCCAUUGGAUAUUCUUUGAUAUCUGGAGCUGCAGAGGUUUUCAAUUUCGUGUCUCAGUUGAUGAUAUUCUUUUGGGUUCUGUAUUAUCUUAUCACAUCAAACUCUGGGGGAGUAACAGAACAUGUAAUGUGUAUGCUUCCGAUUUCUCAGUCUGCAAGGGCCAGAUGUGUUGAAGUUAUUGAUAAGGCUGUUUCCAGUGUUCUUUUGGCCACAGCUGAAAUUGCAUUUUUUCAGGGAUGUCUGACAUGGCUAUUGUUUAGACUGUACAAAAUACACUUCUUGUAUGUGUCAACCGUCCUUGCUAUCAUCAGCCCACUUCUCCCAAUCUUUCCAUCGUGGUUUGCAACGAUACCAGCCGCCAUCCAGCUCCUGCUUGAACGUAGAUAUAUACUAGCCAUCAUCUUGUCUGUUAUUCAUCUUUUGCUCAUGGAUUAUGGAGCAUCUGAAAUUCAGGAGGAUAUACCCGGUUAUAGUGAAUACCUCACAGGACUCAGCAUAAUCGGUGGAAUGACAGUGUUCUCAUCCGCCUUGGAGGGAGCAAUUAUGGGGCCACUGAUAACGACAGUUGUGAUUGCGCUGAAGGACUUGUAUGUUGAAUUUGUUCUAGAAGAGCCAGAGUGAUUAGGAGAGUGCAGAUUGAGCCUCUGCUAUUGCCUGCCUUUCAUUCAUAUUUAUAUGCAACCAUGAGGAGAUCUUGUGUACAUUAGUUAGAGCUGCUUGAAUGAAGUUGCAGAAAUGGUUGGCAAUACAUUUUCCUCAGCAUGUCGUGCUUUAUCAAGAGUAGUUCAUAUUUAUAGCCAGCACUAGAGUAUGGCUUCUUUUUUCCCCAUUUUAAAGAUAUUUGAGGAAUAGACUGAAUGUGAGAAAUGUGUUCAGAUUCAAAAUUGUUUAUUAGAUUUGUAAGAAGUUUUCAAAGUCCUAUGUUUGGAACAUAUGGUUUGUGAUUCUUUCAUGUAUAUGUGUGUUUACGUGUUUCAAUUUGAGGCAG